GGGCCCUCACACAUGCGCACGCUGCUCGCUACUGCAGAUCCGAUGCUCUGCGGCUCGUUAGCUGCUCCCUGGACGGCACUGUGUUGUCUUCUUCGCUUGAGGGAAUAGCAAAGAGCGGCAGCAUUUGCCGCUCCUCCGAAGUCUUAGAAGCUGCCGCCGCUAGUGCCGCAGCAGCAGCUGCAGCAGCAAAGGAGGCAGCAGCAGCUGCGCGGCUGCCACGGGCUGUUGGACAGCAGCACAGCGACUGGCUCCUAGCCGUGGACUUUGCGGAAACGAAGCUCGCAGCAGCCGCAGCUAAUGGUAACAUUCGACUGUACGACUUCUCAAAACAACAGUGUAGCCAGCGCUCCCAUGCUGUCUUCUAG